CCGCCUCAGUCGAUGUUCUUUCAUUACAGUACGUCGUAACAGAAGAAAUGACUUCCUACAGCGCGUAAUUAGAUGGCUGUGUAUUACGUUAUAGGACGAAGCGUAGGGCCGCAUACAUCAUUUGUAUAAACGGUGCCUGGCCGCAUACAUCAUUGUAGAACGAUAGAGUGGUAAGCGGUGGUGGCUCUCUAUCAUAUUCCUGCUGUGUACAUGUAUAUAUAAGUGUCUACCUGGGGGACACAAAACAUAUAUGUACGCUGUAUACACUGAGUAACGUCUGCUCCGAUCCACGGGCCCAAUCAUGGAAUCGCCGUAACACGAUAGGAUGAAAACGGGAUUUAAAACAAUUCUUUUCUGAUUGAAAAUGAUUUUGUGCUUUUAACCAUAGUCUUCUCAAAGACUUCAAGGAUGGCAUCGUCGGACGCCAACUUAUGCCAUUGGCAAACAGUGUUUUCACGGGGUUUUUUGGUUGUGAUUUUCUUUAUUUUAUUCCCAAAAACAUCAGGUCACUUAGACAAAGACCUACGACUGUUGUCAAAGUUCCUGCCAGGACUUUACAGCAAUAAGCAGCAGUACCUGGAAGAUGUGAAAAAUAAUUUAUCAACAGACCAAAGACAUUUAUCCAUGCAGUUCAUCUUCCGUCCCGUUCAAAUUCAUUUUCUACCCAAUUCAUUCAACGUGUAUGUGGAGCAGUAUAUUAACUAUGAUCACACUCCGUUUAAACAGUGGUUGUACAACUUACGUACAGACUAUAAAGGUAUGAUGAUAGAUAUGAAAAUCUACAACUUCAACUCUGAGGAGGUGAAAGCAAGGUUGAAGAAUGAUUUUACCACAAUCAAACAAUUGGAUGUGUCUGACUUAAACUCAAGCGCCGAGUGUAACAUGCUUUGGCGCAGACUUGGAGCAAAGAAGUUUAUUGGAACCACCAGGCGCCAAUGUCUAGCAAAUAUUAAUGGCGAACAGGUGCGGAUCGCGAUGUCUGCGACCCUGACGCAAUCCUCGCUUCAGUGGCACGAAGGAUGGUACCGGGUACUGGAUGGGAGCGAGGUUGUCAAGACGGUUAGCCCUUAUGACAUGUUAAAGAUAAAGAAGAUCAAAGGCGAAAGGUACAUGCCGUCUAGUGACGCAGAGGAUGAAGAGGCGAGGAAGGCCGCGCAAACAGGGGUCAAGGUCGGUCAGAGGUGGGCCAACAGUAGCAGCACUCUUCCGGUCAAACCCAGUACAAGGCAUAAGGGUGGCGGUGUCAUGAAUGACAGAAUAACCAUUCCUAGAAAACACCGUUCCUGGAAGUUGCAUAACUUCGAGGGUGUCAUGGAGGCCUUGAUGGAAGGCAGGAAGGUGCACUAUGCCGCAGACAUCCGGAAGUGUAGUUUGGUAGGACAGAAUAACAUGGAACGAACAGCCUUCGGGGACUUCAUCAAUGUGUUUGAAAUCCAUAGGACUAACAGUAACAAUGGCAAGAACAGUAUCAAGUUCUCCAGCUCUCAGAAGGUCAAGAACGGCAAUGACUUCGUGGAACUGCUGAGAGACGUGACUUUGUACUCGGACGGGACCACGGUCAUCGACCUUUACACUGUCGACCCAGAUAAAAACCAGAUCCUUCAGCAAACUAUCGCUGUCUGCUGGCUUUACUCCCCCAAAACCAGGAAAGGUGAUGUGAGGUUCACCCUUGACCCGAGGCUCAAGGUCAGAGUGGAGACGUCCUUCAAGUCACUCAAGUACUCCCUACAGAAGGGCCGAAAUAUCCGCAUGGUGGUCGAUCUGGCCAACUGUGCCGGCUCGGACGAGCGACAGACAGUUAUAGGUGGAGAACUUAAAGGCUACGACAUAUUCGGACACCAGAAAGAGAUAGGCGUGGCCCUGGAAAGGACCAUGACAAACACUCAGUCGGAGAACGUGAUAUCGCACCGCCAUUUUGACGUGCGAAUCACCCCAAACAGUCGCGCAUCGUUGACUGUCACCGACCGCGGCAUCACCAAGAACAUCUUCAACCAAUAUGGCGGCAAGGAAACUACACACAGAUGUACCGUUAGUAGGUCCAAAGAAAACUUUUCUCUCAUUUUGUUUCGUGCGUGAAUUCACUUUUCUCUCAUUUUGUUUCGUGCGUGAAUUCACUUUUCUCUCAUUUUGUUUCGUGUGUGAAUUCAGUUCCAGUGUCGUUUUGGACAAGCAAGUAACUGUACGUUUAUCGCCACUAGAUUGGGCCCACUUCUGAACACAACGCCAUCAAGGGGAUGGAUUUUAUAUGCAUUGGGACAUACAGGUAUUCAUCUUAAUUGUGUCGUUUAAUGUCACGUUUGGCGAGAAUCUCGCCUGUUUCUAUUCAGACCAGCGAUAUUUUGGCUGAACCAGGAUUCUAUUCACCAAGGUUGUUGUUAUUUUGUGCCGUUUUUUUUACCUUUUGAAAUAAUGUCUCUUUUCGUGUUUUUGGGCUGUAUAUAUAUUUCCAUGUACAUAUUUAUUUAUUUAAAUCGAUUUAUGCUCUUUUUAUUAUGUACAAAUAAA